AAAAAAGUACUGGGAAGAAAUGGAGAAGAGAUUUGGCUACCCGGGCAGUUCUUGCCCAUGCAGGUGUGCAUAAUGCGUAGGAAUGCCAGACAGACCUGAGUCACAGGUAACCUCCCCUGCAUACAUGCAACACGCCUAAUCACACCUGAGAUAAAGAGAAAACUGCUUCUUUCCUACUUUACUUGCCUAACAGCUAUAGGUGCUGCUACUAGGAACUCCUCCAUUUACCCUGGAGAAAAGAAAAACAAGCCAGAGGGAGUUGUUUUAAAAAAAAACAAACAGCAACAGCAGCAGCAAAAAGGUGGAGGGAGUGAAAAGGUGUGAGACAAUCGUGGAUCAGAAGCAACCAGGAGACCUGAAGAGAUUACAGAAGACCACAUUAAAGGAGUUCAAGAAUUAUCAAAUGAGUCUGAGCUGAGCCAUUGCUGACUCCACAGUCUGCUGUAUUUCAGGAAGAAUGGACAAGCUCUUGGGAAGGAUGUGGUUCCAGCUGCUUCUGUUCUCCCUGCUUUUUAUCUUGGGCCAAGGGAAAAAAAUUAACCAAUGUGUGGCUUCUAGGGCAAAAAGCUGCACUGAAUGCAUCCGAGUGAGCAGCAACUGUACUUUUUGCACAGAUGAGAACUUCAAAGGCAUCCGUUGUGAUUUGGAAGAUAAUCUAAGGAGCUAUGGCUGCCAAAACAACAUAAAAGUAAAGUCUGGAGAGGUAUUAAUGACAAAGAAUUUCCAAAUUGAUACAACUCUGAGGAAAACACAAGUAUCUCCGCAGCACGUAUUACUCAAACUGAGACCGGAUGACGAAGUAAACAUUGCCAUGCAGGUGUUUGAGCCCACUGAACCUCCUGUGGACCUCUACAUCCUUAUGGAUUUUUCAUAUUCCAUGUCUGAUGACUUGGACAACCUGAAACAAAUGGGCCAGUACCUUGCAAAUUUCUUGACGGAGCUGACGCAUGACUAUACCAUUGGUUUUGGCAAAUUUGUGGACAAAGUUACAGCACCACAGACAGACAUGAGGCCCAUAAGAUUGCGGGAACCUUGGUUUAAUGCUGACCCGCCUUUCUCUUUUAAGAAUGUCAUCCGUCUAACCAAUGAUAUCAAUAAAUUCAGCCAGGAAUUGAUGAAGGAACGUAUAUCAGGGAACUUGGAUGCUCCUGAAGGUGGCUUUGAUGCUAUAUUGCAAACAGCAGUUUGCAAGGAGAAUAUUGGGUGGCGGAAUGACAGCACUCACCUCCUGGUCUUCUCCACUGAGUCGGCCUUCCAUUACGAAGCUGAUGGCGCCAACGUCCUUGCUGGAAUCCUAAGAAAGAAUGAUGAAAAAUGCCACCUAACUCAAGCAGGGACUUACACCUUUGAUACCAAGCAGGAUUACCCCUCAGUGCCUACCCUUGUGCGCCUUCUGGGGCGGAGUAAUAUCAUCCCUAUUUUUGCUGUCACCAACCACUCCUAUGAUUACUAUGAGAAACUGCACAAAUAUUUUCCAAUUUCUGAAAUUGGGAGGCUUCAAGAAGAUUCUUCCAACAUUGUGGAAUUGAUCCGUUUGGCUUUUAAGCGCAUUCGUUCCAAGAUGAGCAUUCAAGCUUACGAUAUCCCAAAAGCCAUGAAAACUGAAAUAUCAUCCUCAAAAAGUGAAAAAAUGGAGUCUGGUUCAUUGCAUAUUGUUCAAGGCGAACUGAAAACUUUCAAUGUGAAUUUGAAAGCUAAGCACUUUGCUGACAAGCAUGUCUGUGAUCUCCCAGAGAAGGAGCGGAAAGGUAUUAUCCACAUUAAGCCCUCCUCUUUCAGUCACAAAAUGGAGAUUGAUGCCUCAAUUCUCUGCGACACCUGCUCCUGUGAAAAGACUCAGGAAGUUAAAUCAUCAAAGUGCAGUUACAAUGGAAAUUUUGUCUGCGGACAAUGUGUGUGCAAUCCAGGCUGGCGGGGGGACCAGUGUAGUUGCUCAACAUCCUCCUUUACUGAUACUGAGGCCUGCACACGACCUGGAGAUAAAGAACCCUGUUCUGGCAAAGGAGAAUGCCUUUGUGGGAUCUGUCAGUGCUAUUCUGAAGAUCUCAUCCAGCGUUAUGAAGGACAGUAUUGUGAAUUCGACAACUUGCAAUGUUCCCGCACUUCUGGAUUCCUCUGCAAUGACCGGGGACGAUGCUACAUGGGCCAGUGUGUAUGUGAAGCUGGUUGGGAAGGCGCCGGCUGUGAGUGUCCCACAAGCAACGAAACCUGUGUCAGCAGCAAUGGGCUGAUUUGUAAUGGACAAGGGAGAUGUGAAUGUGGUCGAUGCCUCUGUAAUAACCCCACUGCUCCCCAUACUGAUCUCAACUGUGAACUUGGAAACUUGGCUUUCCAGCAAUUGUGUGAGGAAGAAUUCCGAAGUUGCAUCCAGUGUCAGGCUUGGGACACUGGAGAGAAGAAGGGACAGAAAUGUUCAAAGUGCCAUUUCGAGAUCAAGCUGGUGGAUGAAUUAAAGCAAGAACAGGUUUGUACCUUCCAAGAUGAGGAAGAUGAUUGCCUUUACCGCUACACUAGGGAAGAAGGCACCAAUCUAUCACAAAACAAUACUGUUCUUGUGCAGAAGAAAGAGUGUCCACCAGGAAGUUUUCUUUGGCUUAUCCCCCUACUCAUUUUUCUGAUACUACUCCUGGGGUUGCUGCUCCUCCUAUGCUGGAAAUUCUGUGAUUGUUGCAAGCAUUGUUUGGCGUUGCUACCCUGUUGUGCACGAGGUCGCAUGGUUGGUUUCAAGGAGGACCACUAUCUGCUCAGGCAGAGUCUCAUGGCAUCAGAUCACCUGGACACUCCAAUGGUGCGCAGCGGUAAUUUGAAAGGGAGAGACACAGUCCACUGGAAGAUCAGAAACAAUGUGCAAAAGCAAGACUACUCAUCCUUCGCCUUCAAUCCCAAGGAUAUCAUUCCAUAUGGGCUCUCUCUCAGAUUGACACGCCUUUACACCCAAAGUCUUGCAAAACUGGAUAGCCGUGAAAAAGAGCAACUGCAGAAAGAAGUGGAGGAAAAUCUGAAUGAAGUGUACAGAAUAAUCCCAGGUUUCCAAAAGUUCCAGCAGACAAAAUUCAGGAUUCAGCCAAAUGCUGGAAAAAGGCAAGACCACACAAUCCUGGACACGGUGCUCCCAGCUCCCCGCUCAGCCAGGAACGAAAUUAUCAAAGUAACAGAGAAGCAUGUCUCGCAAGGAGCUUUCAAUGAAUUAAAAGUGUCGCCUGGUUACUACACUGUGAUUGCUGACCAAGAUGCCCAGGGCAUGGUUGAGUUUCAGGAAGGGGUAGAGUUGGUGGAUGUUCGGGUUCCCCUGUUCAUCAGGGAAGAGGAUGAUGAUGAAAAACAGCUGCAUGUAGAAGCUAUUGAUGUUCCUGUGGGCACCGCAAAAAUUGGUCGUCAUCAAGUCAACAUCACCAUAAUAAAAGAGCAAGCAAAUAGUAUCAUUAGCUUCCUGGAGCCAGUUUAUUCAUACAGCCGCUUUGACCAGCUGGCUAAGAUCCCUUUGGUUCGAGAAAUAUUGGAGAAGGGAAAAUCCCAGAUAACAUACAGGACACGAGAUCUCACAGCUCAGCAAGGCAAAGAUUAUGUUUUUGCGGAGGGUGAUCUGAUCUUCCUGCCUGGAGAGAAGCAGAAGGAAGUACAAAUCAAAUUGAUGGAGUUGACAGAGAUUGAUGCCCUCCUUCGGAACCAGCAGCUGAAACAAUUCGCAGUGGAUCUCAUCAAUCCCAGGUUUGGGGCAAAGGUUGGCAAAUACCCUCAAACCAUAGUGACAAUUGUUGAUCCAGAAAAUGUGUCAUCAGAGAUUCAGUUUCCAUAUUCUCCUAGAGGCACUCUUAUAGCACCUCUUAAUCCAAAUGCACAGGCUUUAAGCUCUAGAAAGAUCCGCUUCAAUUGGUUGCCUCCACCAGGCAAACCAGCAGGAUACAAGGUGAAAUAUUGGAUCCAAGGAGAUCCUGAAUCAGAGGCUCAUCUGUUUGAUUCCAAAGUACCUUCGGCAGAGCUGACCAACCUGUACCCCUACUGUGAUUAUGAAAUGCAAUCCUGUGCCUAUAAUGCUUUGGGCGAAGGGCUUUAUUCUAAGGUGGUCCACUGUCGAACACUUGAGGAAGUUCCUAGUGAGCCUGGGCGCUUGGCCUUCAAUGUCAUAUCCUCCACUGUGACGCAGCUGAGCUGGGCUGAGCCUGCAGAAACAAAUGGCAUAAUCACAGCUUAUGAGGUCAGCUAUGGACUCGUCAACGAGGAAAACAGACCCAUUGGCCCCAUAAAGAAAGUCUUGGUGGAGGAACUCAAGAAGCGGAUGGUUCUGAUUGAAAAUUUACGGGAAUCACAGCCCUACCGUUAUACAGUGAAGGCAAAGAAUGGAGCUGGAUGGGGGCCAGAAAGAGAAGCUACAAUUAACUUGGCUACACAACCAAAACGCCCUAUGUCCAUUCCUAUCAUUCCUGAUGUACCAAUAAUUGAUGCACAAGGAAGAGAAGACUAUGACAGCUUUCUAAUGUACAGCACAGAUGUAUUGCGUUCACCAGCUGGUAGCAAGCAUCCCAGCGUCUCAGAUGACUCUGAACACCUGAUGAAUGGCCGACUGGAUAUUGCCUUCCCUGCCGGUAGUGGAAGUUUAACCCGAAAUCAUCUAAGUCCACAUGUAUACCACGAGAGAAGAGUGAUCGGAAACUCAUCGCUAACCAGGGAGUAUACCACGGUGUCUGGACAUGACCCAUCCAAGAAUGUUUUCUCUCCCACGUACGAAGAAACUAGAAGGAUACCCCAGAUCCCGCAGGAUGCGGGCUUUAGGAGGGCAAAUGUGAUGGGUUACUCUGACAGCAGUGAUGCUCGGGAUUCUAUAGUCAUGACUGAUGGGCCCUCUUGGAUUUCCAAAUACUUAGAUUCUAGAAUGCAGCUUCUGAAUGUUCCAGACACUCCUACUCGCUUGGUGUUCUCUGCCUUGGGACCAACCUCCCUGAAAGUCAGCUGGCAGGAACCCCACUGUGAUAAAGAAGUACAAGGAUACAGUGUGCAAUACCAGCUUCUCAAUGGAGGCGAAAUAAAGAGACUUACAAUUCCCAAUCCAAUGCAGAACUCGGUGGUGGUGGAUGAUCUAUUACCUAACCACUCCUAUGUCUUCAAAGUAAAGGCCCAAAGUGAUGAGGGAUGGGGUCCAGAAAGAGAAGGUGUGAUAACCAUUGAGUCACAGGUGGAUCCACGCAGCCCUCUCAGUCCCGUGCCAGGGUCACCAUUUACCCUGAGCACACCCAGUGCCCCAGGGCCUCUCGUAUUCACCGCCUUGAGUCCAGACUCGCUUCAACUAAGCUGGGAGAGACCCCGCCAACCCAAUGGCUUAAUUCUGGGCUACAUGGUCACUUGUGAGACUCUGCAGGGUGAAGGGGAACCCAGGACUAUCUAUGUGGAGGGAGAUAACCCAGAGACCACCCUUACAGUGCCUUACCUGAGUGAAAAUGUUCCGUACAAGUUCAAAGUGCAAGCCAAGACCACUCAAGGCUUUGGCCCUGAAAGAGAGGGCAUUAUCACCAUUGAAUCUCAAGAUGCAGGAGUAUUCUCACAAUAUGGAACACAUCAAUUCACCAGGGAGGAAGUCUUCAAUCUCCCUACAGAAUACAACACCCAAACGAGCAUCACUCACUCCCUACUGGAUCCUUUAUAUGCAGAUGGGAUGCUGAUGACCACCCAGCGAGUGGAAAGUGGCGGCACCCUGACCAAACAGAUCACCAAAGAAUACAUCACCAGCACCAUGUCCAGCAAUAGUGGGACAUUCUCCAGACAGACAGAGAGACAAUUCUAUGAAGCUUGAGCGCACAAGGAAACUGCCAAAAAGACACUCAAAUUUCAACAAGAUGUUCUGUGGCCAUCUUCCAGAUGAGAGCGGAUGGCAAUCUCUGUGCUCCAUUAGCCCUAAAAGCCACCCACUGGCCAUUGCUUUUGAAAUAUCACCAGGUGAUAUCUGCACACAGCCUAGCUGGUAACCUAGCAUCUUGUGAAAGGAGCUUUUAACAGAACACUUGGUUAUGAAACUCUCUUGGCUAGUUCAACUCUGAAUCCAGCUCAUGAGUAUCUGCUUUGCUGCUCUGGAUUUGGUUUGAAAUCCUUACCUCAGACCAUUGCUUUUCACUUUGCAUAUUUUAACUGGAUCUCUUCCUCUUUGUUGAAAUUAAGACCAUCCUCAUUUUUUUUUCUUCUGAGCACAAUAACAUCCUGUUUGUCACAUACAUUCCUUGCAAUCCAGGGGAGUUAAUCCAAUUGUUGUAUAGUUGGUUAUAAAAUCCCACGCUGUGCAGUAUAUAGCAAUUCAUUAGCAGAUUAACAAAAAAUACUAUUUUAUGGCGUAAGGUUGCUAAAAUAUAUACAGGUAGUCCUCGUUUAACGACUUUGUUCAGCAGCCAUUUGCAGUUACAACCAUAAUUUAAAAAGUAUGGUAAUUUUAUGACCAAUCCUCAUAUUUAUAACCUUUGCAGGUCAUAAAGCAAAGGACAGUUAAAGCAAGAGCACAAACACAGGCACAGUUUCACUUAAUGACUGCUGAGUUAAGAACUGAGCUGUUGAUCCCAGGUCAUGAUUGCUAAACAAGGACUUACCUGUAAACCCUUUUCCAAAGAAUCCGAUAUAACAUGGGGCAAUUAAAGCAACUUUCCAACUUCAAUAUCAAAUAUUUGGUAUUGUGCAAUGGACAAUUAAUAUCUUUAAGAGGUAGCUCUCAAAAUAAACUGAUUUACUUCUAGCCAACAUUUUAGUUACUUUUGGAUGAGGCUCUUAUGGUGCAAAUACAAUAGCCUUGGUCAGAGUCCCAAUGUGAUUGUUUUCCUAUCUUUUUUUCUUCCAACCACAUAAAAACUAGUGAAUUGACAAUGAUAGCAUCAUGUUAACGUAUUUUUUGGAAAAUAAUCCUAAAACUCCUUUGGAAACAAACUGAAAUCCAAAUUAACAUCGGUGCUAUGGCUGCAUUUUUCAGAAGCUGCCCAGGAAUUCUUUGGUGAGAAGGUCAGAAUGCAAUUACAUGGCAUCUUAUCUAUCUAAAUCAGGGUUCUCCAAGCUUGCCAAUUUUAAGACUUGUGGACUUCAACUCCAUGCUAGCUGAGGAAUUCUGGGAAUUGAAAUCCACAAGUCUUAAAUUUGACAAGUUUGGCGAACCCUGAUCUAAAUGACAGUUUAUUCGUCAGUGCCAAUCAUCACGCAAGGUGUGGGUAAUGCUAGCUGGCUUAUCCUGCACCCCACAUGACUUGAAGGUGCCCCGUAGUUGUGAGUGGUUCUCAGAACAGAUGGACAUAACAUCUGCUGAAAGUGAACAUUUGAUCAAUGCCACUAGGAAGAGUAAUGCAGCUAGGCCCAUUCAGGCAAAAUGUAUCAGUCUGGAGCUCUUAGGAUCUCAUAUUCAGUGCUGUGAAUCAUUCAUAAGAGAUGGAAUUAUUAAAGUUCCUGGACUGUCUUUUAAAAGGGCAAGAUUUCUUUCGUACUGAACAGAAUGAAUGAUUUCCUGGAUCCUUUGUAAGGGAGUUGCAAAUCAUUUCUUCUUAGGAGAAGCUGCAUUAACUUUUAUCUCCAGAGCUUUCCAUUUCUUUUUCUGAUACGAUUUCCUGUUUCUUGCAAACUCUUACUACCGAUUAUUAAACUUUUCCCUCAGAAUAAGAACCACACAUCUUGGUGUAAUCCAAAGAGGUAUCUAACGGCACAGUCGUUCUAAAUAGAAGUUUUAAAAGGCAUCCUAUGCUUUCACUGAUGUAUAAUGAAAAACACAUUAUAAUGUAAAUUACAUGUUUGUAGAUUAUUAUGGCUUGUAGAGGUUGAUGGAAUUAAGUACACAUGCAGUUUCAGUAUUUCAGAAAUCUGACAGAUGGUGCUUUGGACCGGAUGGCUUUGCAUUGCACUUAAUAAACAUUUUCUCUAUGAUCGCA